AUGGACGCCCACAUCAGUGUCCAGAUGUCAGACGACAACACGACGAGAGCAGCAGAGGAGGGAGAAACCAGGUUUGUUCGGAUUCCGGAUGCACCCAAUCCGACACCAACACCAACACCACUCCGCAUCCUUCACCCUGACCAUGUGGCUGUUGGGUCCCCCCUACCCAGGGUUCCUCCAUAUUCACCACCACCUCCCUCUCCCAAAGUAUGCUUGGACCAUGACCCUUCCACUGUCUCUCACACACACACCCACACCAACUGGAACCAUGAUCCCUCCUUCCUUUCCGAUUUCUCCAAAAUGAAUCUCUAUGAUGAAACCCAGACCCGUGUGGACCCUUACCCUUCUUAUUUUAAUCAAACAGGAACCCUUCCAAAUCCUUAUUUCAAUCAAACAGGAACCCUCCCAUACCAUCACCAUGUUAACAAUGCCCGUUUGCUCAAUGAACAAGGACCCCUUCCCUAUCAUGUUAACAACGGGGGUUUGUUCAACGAGACACGGAAUCUUCCCUGCCACCAGCAUGUUAACAACACGGGGUUUUUCAACGAAACCCUCGUCCCGUAUCACCAGCAUGUUAAUAAUGCGGGGCUGUUGGAUAAAGGUUACACUUUUGAUACCCCAGGCGAUCAAGUCAACCAUGUCUAUCCUCAUCACCUGGAUCAGAGGAGAGAUCAGGUACAGGGCACAAGCAGUGGCAGCUGUCAGAUGCUUCGUGAUAGUUUUAUGGCUCCACAUUCUCUCGAAGGGUUCAAAAACCCCGUCAGGUUAUCUCCUGCUAUGAAUUCCAAUGCUAAUAAUCCAUCACAUUAUUAUGUUGCAACCACCGAGAAGACUGAACUUCCUCACUUUCUGCCUCCGAGGCGAGUUGGGGGAGACCCUGUAGCUUUUAGGUGUGACAAUAGCAUUAUCUUACAAGGGAGAGAUGCAAGACCUUGCUUUGAGAACAGGUAUGGUUCCCCUUAUAGAAGGGGUCUUCCCCGUGAUGAGUUUGGUGUGAAUGGGAGUGUUUCCAAGAACUUUUUUACUGGUGGUCCUUCUGGUCAAAACAUUGGCGAAUUCUCACUGCCCAUGCUGCGUGAUUUUUAUUCUGUGCCUGACUCUGAGUGUAACAUUUACAACCUGGCAAAGGAUCAGAACGGUUGUCGUUUUCUGCAGCGGAUGGUUGAUGAGGGAAGCUUCGGAGAUAUGUGUGUGGUAUUUGAGGGAAUCAUUGGUAAUGUUGUUGAACUUAUGGUGGACUCUUUUGGGAAUUAUCUCGUGCAAAAGCUGCUCGAUUUUUGCACCGAUGACCAACGACUGCAGAUUGUGCUCAUGUUGACUAAUCGACCUGGCCAGCUCGUUAGAAUCUCUUUGAAUACUCACGGCACGCGCGUGGUGCAGAAGUUGAUUGAGACACUCGACUCCGAUGAUCAAAUUUCAUUGGUCAAGUCUGCCAUUCAACCGGGUUUUCUUGAUCUCAUUAAGGAUUUGAAUGGAAAUCACGUCAUUCAACGUUGCUUGCAAUGCUUCAGCUCUCAAGAUAAUCAGUUUAUCUUUGAUGCUUCUGUGAAGUUUUGCAUUGAAAUAGCUACUCAUCAACAUGGAUGCUGUGUCCUGCAACGCUGUAUUUAUUAUUCUACGGGUAAGAAUCGAGAUAGGCUGAUCUCAGAAAUCUGCAAGCAUGGACUUCUUCUCGCUCAGGAUCCAUUUGGCAGCCAUGUAGUUGAAAAAUGUCUGAAGAACAUUGGAGAUAGCAGAUCCAGAAUAGUUCGAGAAUUGUUGGCUGCUCCUCAUUUUGAACGACUUUUACAGGAUCCAUAUGCUAACUAUGUUAUUCAAUCUGCUCUUACUGUCACUAAGGGACUUCUGCAUGCAUCUCUGGUUGAUGCAAUUCGUAACUACAAAAUGUUGCGCACCAGUCCAUUCUGCAAAAGGAUUUUUUCGGGAAAUUUGCUACGGAAGUGA